AUGGAGUUUGUAGUGGGUGCUUCGGAGGCCACCAUGAGAUCUCUCCUAGGCAAGCUGGGCAGCCUCCUUGCCCAAGAGUACACUCUGAUCCGUGGUGUCCGCGGCGACAUCCAAUACAUCAACGAUGAGCUCGCCACCAUGCAGGCCUUUCUUGGCGACCUCGGCUCUGCCUUGGAUGACCACGACUGCCGGCUCAAGAGCUGGAUGAAGCAGAUCCGUGACAUGGCAUACGACAUGGAAGACUGCAUCGAUGACUUUGCCCAUCGCCUCCCUCAGGACUCUCUCAGCAAUGCAAGAUGCUCCUUCAUCGUGACCAUAGUCUACGAGCUGUGGACGUUCUGGCCUCGCCGCGACAUUGCUUCCAAGAUUGCUGAGCUCAAGGUCCGGGCACAACACAUUGCUGAGCGGCGCAGCAGAUAUGGAGUAAACAACCGAAUCCCAAGAAGCUCUAGAGCCGGAGCAACCCAUGUUGUUACAUAUGUCAUUACUGAGCAUCUGAUGGUGAGCCGCCAGUUAAUCCGAACGGAGAAUCCCGUGGGAGUGAAGGUGGACAUGGAAAAGCUCGCGGAUUCGCUAACCAAACGUGAUAAAGGCUCUCAUCGAGCUGUUGUGUCCUUGAUUGGAUUUGGUGGUGUGGGAAAGACCACCAUUGCCAUGGCACUGUACCGAGAUUUCAGGAAUGAAUUUGACUGCCGGGCAUCGGUCACAGUAUCUCAGAACUUUGACGAAGAUGAAGUCCUUAGGGAUAUUCUUGGUCAAAUCAAGCCAACAAAUAGUCAAAUCAAGCCAAAGGAGGAGAAGGAGGGCAGCAACAUAGGGAAGUUGGAGAAGAAAAGCCUAGUGGCAGAUAUUAAAAGCUCAGUGAAGCGAGUUGUGCCACUGCUCGCUGGUCACAAGCCGCAAAGCAAUGAUGGUAGCAUGAAGAGUAAGAUAGAGUGA